CGCUCUGCCAAGACGACACGGCUGGUCCACAUCCAGCCAGGCUCCGGCGCCUCCGGUAUUGUGCUCAGCAUGUCAGAGGCUUUUCCUGCAGGGCCUCAGAAGUACAAUGCACUAUCGUAUACAUGGGGUGAUGGUGCCAAGGACAAACCAAUCAAGUGCCAUGGCCGCACGCUUCUGGUCACAGCCAAUCUGCAUAGAGCCCUUAGACGGUUCCGAGACCCUGACCACGUCGUCACUAUGUGGAUCGACCAACUGUGUAUUGACCAAAAAAACAUCAAGGAGCGCAACCGCCAAGUCAGCCUCAUGGGAGCCAUCUAUAGGGCUGCAGACAGAGUCAUUGUGUGGCUAGGCGAUGACACCCAGUAUUUCGAGGAUGGGACGAAGCUGGACCUCAAGUGUGGUCUGAGCCUUAUGCGCCAAAUCCUGAAAAAAACGCAGACCGACCCGGAGCUCCGUUUUGAAUGGGACUCCUUGGGCGAGAGUCGCGGUUUGCCGAGCCCGGGGAAACAGCAGUGGCAGGCCUUGGCGGCCGUCUUACAACGUCCAUGGUUUUCACGCGUGUGGGUCAUCCAAGAAGCGGUUCUCUCAGCAGAUGUUGAGAUAUUUUGUGGAGAAGCUACGUUCAGCUGGAACGAGGUUGGUCAAAUAGUAAACUACUUAGACUGCGAGGAUUACCGAAACUGGAACAUCAGAGAUUCCGGGCUGGCAACGGAACUGCCUUUCUCCCGGAUCAACAGAAUAAAGCUGCAAAACGCGCAAUCGGAGCUACCGGAUCUCUUUGACCUCAUGCUGGCAUGCCGCGACUUUGGCGCAUCUGAUCCUCGUGACAAAAUUUACGCUCUGCUGGAACUUAGCCAGCACAACAUUACGCCGGACUACUCAAAGUCUCCAGCGGAUGUCUUUGUAAACUUUGCCGUGUAUACCAUCCAGGCGGCCCAUCAACCACGGACCUGUUGCGCCGAUGAGCGAGAAAAGGUCCAUCGCGCCAUGACGACGCUCUGCUGUGCAGGAUCGUUCAACCAGGAGCAGGAACUUCCUUCCUGGGUUCCCGAUUGGAGCUACAAUCCCAAAGUACGUCCACUUUGCUUUUGGGGAUCAAAGGACUACAAAGCAGGCGGAGAUUCUACAGGAGAGUUUCAUUUACGGCAGGACGGGAGACUUCAGGUAUCAGGGAAGUUUCAUGAUACGGUCAAUUUAGCGGGGACUCCUUCAUGGAUCCUCCCAUCCAAUUACUACACUUCGACCAUGGGUGUUGCCGUUGGACGAGUCCUCGUUCUUACCUCAAGCGGAUACAUGGGGCUGGCGCCUUACGGCACCCGAGACGGUGAUAUAAUCUUCAUAAUGCUAGGUUGUGACAUACCACUUAUGUUACGACCCAGCGGAGACGAGUUCACACUGCUUGGAGAAUGCAUCGUCCAUGGGGUUAUGGAUGGCGAAGCUAUGUGCAACGAGGACAUCGUGGUUCAAGACGUCACCAUAAAGUAG